GUUAUAUGUAUCAAUAUAAUGAAAUUGUAGGAAUUGCAAAUGAUCCAAUUAAUGCUAUUUUUGAAGUUUAUUCAAAAAUCUUUGCAACGAAAACUCGCUAUUUUGGCUCAUUAAUAAUGGGAUGGAAUGACAAAAAUAUAGUAAAUGAAUUGAAUAAAGAUGUUCCUUUUACUUCUCAUUCCUUUUUACUUGAAAAAAUAAAAGUAUUUGUAUAUGAGAUGGGAUAUUUAACGAAUAUGGAUUAG